AUCUCAGUCAGAAUUUGCAAACUGUUCGAAUCAGUUCACAUUGAAAUAAUUAAAAAUUGUGCAAAAAUAAUUAAAAAAAAUCAUGCGAAUGAGUAGCUUCCUGUGCCUUGAGCUUGAAACCGGUGGCAAAAUUGUGGCAUGGCUGGGAAUGGUCCGGUAUGGAUUGUGCAUGGCUAUUCUAUCGAUUCCAAUUCUUAUUGGUUUUUUAAUCCCUUGUGAAUUUAUUAAUGAUAAAUUUAACAAUUAUGGCAUGAAUCACGAGUUCCUUAAAGUUUGUUAUGUUUCCAAGACAUUAAUCAUCAUGGCAUUUGUUUCGAUUAUAACUUUUGUUUCUGCAAUGUUCUACGUCUACUACGCUUUAUAUGAAGGCAUAAAGCAUAAAUGCGCAAGACAAAUCAUUCCUAGCAUCAUUUUUGAGCUGACCACACUUUCUCUAACCAUUUUGAGUUUUAUUUUUUGCGAGUCUAUUUAUAGCUUCGCUGGUGUCGCUAUUAAUGUUAUCAUCAAUAGUUUCCUUGUUUGGACUCUUGUGUCAAUCCAUCAAAACUUAAAGGAUGGAGUUUCUGAUUGUGGACCAGUCUAUUUUACACAAAAAUAGCUUGUUUUGCUGGUUGGAAGACAAACUGAUAAGGUUGAUGACUAAGAAACAAAAUUACGAUGAAAAUUGUAUUAUUUUGUAAUAAAAUGUGAAAAAUUUAAUAAAUUUACUUUUUUUUUGAUGCAGUAAGGGGAG